AUGGCCAGCAGCCAGGGAGCCCGGCCGAAGGGGCAGCCCCAAGGCUGCAGUUCGUGCCUUCAGCAGCGCCUUGGACGCCGGCUUCUGGCACGAACUGACCCAGAAGAAGCCUCAACGAGUACAAGCUCGACGAGAGCCCCAAAGCCAUCCGAGGGUACUACUCCAAGGAGUCUGCUGGUAUGCCAGCUCGCUACUCUCGAAUUCAGUGCUUUUGAUAUGAAUGCCCCAACACCAGCACACUGCUGUCCUGCUCUUGGAAUGCUCUAUAACACAAAUACUUUGGAAUCGUUCAAAUCCUGUGAUAAGAAAUUUCUUCUUGAUCAAGCAGCAAUUGAGAUAUGGGAUGCAAUAAUAUCAGGGGAUGCUGUUGAAAAUCCUGUUUUACUGAACAAAUUUCUCCUGUUGACAUUUGCGGAUCUGAAGAGGUAUCGUUUCUAUUAUUGGUUUUGUUACCCUGCACUGUGUCUCCCAGAAGGUAUCCCUUUGAUUCAGCCACCUGUGUGCCUAAGUACAAAGUUCUCUCCAGUUCAGGAAGAUGGAAUGUUAGCAGAAUCAUCUGUAGACCUUAACCUUAAAUUGAUGUGCUGGCGGUUGGUGCCUACCCUUGACUUGGAGAAAGUUGUGUCUGUGAAGUGUCUUCUCCUAGGAGCUGGUACGCUGGGUUGUAGUGUAGCCAGAACCUUGAUGGGAUGGGGAGUCAGGAAAAUCACUUUUGUGGACAAUGCAAAGAUCUCUUAUUCCAACCCCGUGCGGCAGCCACUCUAUGAAUUUGAAGACUGUCUUGGCGGUGGGAAAUCCAAAGCACUUGCAGCUGCGGAAAGGCUCCAGAAAAUAUUCCCAGGAGUGAAUGCUGAAGGUUUUAAUAUGAGUAUCCCAAUGCCAGGUCAUCCAGUGAAUUUUUCUGAAGUUACAUUGCAACAGGCUCACAAAGAUGUAGCACAAUUGGAAGAGCUCAUUGAUGCUCAUGAUGUCAUCUUUCUGUUAAUGGACACCAGGGAAAGUCGAUGGCUUCCUGCAGUUAUUGCAGCCAGCAAAAGAAAGCUGGUCAUCAAUGCUGCUUUGGGAUUUGACACAUUUGUUGUGAUGAGACAUGGAUUAAAGAAACCAAAACAUCAAGAGGUGGGCGAUUCUCCUUGUAACAAUCCCUCUGGCUCAACUGAUCUUUUGGGAUCAUCUCUCUUCUCAAAUAUUCCUGGUUACAAACUUGGUUGUUACUUCUGCAAUGAUGUUGUUGCACCAGGAGACUCCACCAGAGACCGGACAUUAGAUCAGCAGUGCACAGUUAGUAGACCAGGAUUAGCCAUGAUCGCUGGAGCACUUGCUGUGGAGCUAAUGGUGUCCAUUUUACAGCAUCCAGAAGGUGGCUAUGCUGUUGCUAGCAGUAGUGAUGACAGAAUGAAUGAACCUCCCACCUCUCUUGGGCUUGUGCCUCACCAGAUUCGAGGUUUUUUAUCAAGAUUUGAUAAUGUCCUUCCAGUCAGCCUGGCUUUUGAUAAGUGCACUGCCUGUUCUCCCAAAGUCCUUGAACAAUAUGAAAGGGAAGGCUUCAACUUUCUAGCAAAGGUUUUUAAUUCUUCACAUUCCUUCUUGGAAGAUCUCACAGGUCUGACUCUGUUGCAUCAGGAGACCCAAGCUGCUGAGAUCUGGGACAUGAGUGAUGAUGAAACACUGUGAAAACUUGAUGAAUGAAGUGGAUCGUGACCUAUUUUAGCUUUCUCAGUCAUUAGACAAGUUAAUUAUCAUUUACCUAACUCUGUUGCAACCAUAAACACAUAAUAUUCACACAUCAGGAAGGGACAGUAUGGCAAUCUCAGAGUAAUUCAAAACACUCUCUCUCUCUCUCUCUCUCUCUCAUAUGUACCUAUAUGGACGCACACAAUGAAAAAUACUAAGCCUCUACAUAUAUCUUUUAUUUAAAAUAUAAAUAAAUUAAUUUGUUUUUUAUUGUUCCAUUUGAAAUUUUGCUUUAAACAUUCUGAACAAAUUAUGACUUUUGAAACAUAUUCAUGGAUUCAUGAUGAAUUUAUAAUUGUAUUCAUGUUUCAUAAUAAGAGUUUAGAGACACCAACAUUUGUUAUUAAAUGAAAGCACUCACAUGUUUGGUAUACAAAAGAGACUUUGUUGGAUGGCAGUGCAAAAGAGCAAGGAAAAAUGUCUUUCCUGCCUGCUCCUCUUCCUAUCAGUGUGUAGAGUCUCCUCAUAAAAAAAAUGCUUCCUUGCUGGUUGGGGUGUCUCUGGAUAAAGUGAGCUGGAGAGGGCUGCUGUGGAUCAGAGGGGAGGACAAGAUUGUAGAAGAUCCUGGUGAAAUACCUCUGUCUGUUUUCAUCCACCACUUCUGUAGACAGUGAUCUGGAACCUACUUCUUAUAACAGGGGGUGAAACUAUUUUUUGACCUACGUAGUUCUUCCUUUGGAUGGCAACCCACCCAGCUAAUUUUUUUAAAAAACAGUUAUAAUUCUAUCUUCUUUGAAAGCCAGGGUUGAAAUAUGAUUAAUGUCUUGUUAUCAGACCAUCACUCUCUUGCCUGUAUUGCAACAGUAUUGUAUAGUGAAUUAAACAGAUGUUGCAUAUCCUUUAAUAGGAUGGCAGUUAGCCAUCACACUCCUUUCUGCAAGCUGGUUUGCAUUUGAAGACACUGACUUUCCAACAGAGAUUGGUAGGCAGUAGAAAUUUCUUCCAUUAUAGCCACAUCGUAGAAGAGAAUGGCUUGCAUUGUGGAUUUUAAGGAAACUGAGAAAUACAUGUAAAAAACAAGCCAAUGACAACCAAUGACAUCUUAGUCCUGGAUCAAAAACAGCCCAGCCCAUUCUGUAUACAUUCUUAAACAAGAGUAUGCCUCUAUGGGGGGAAGAGGUUCCAAAGGAGGGGAGGUAUAAAGUUCAAUGGGUUUCACCGAAGCUCUUGGAUGUGUCUAACCUAUUUUUGAGUCUCAGAUGCCAUUUUCCAAGAAUGCCGAAAUUCCAAUAAGUCCAUUUUGUAAAGCAUGAGUUUUCCAAUCAUUUAUUGAGCAGCAAAAGGUUGCUACAGACCUUUUAAGCUUAAUAAUUUACUUAAUUACUAUGGAAAUGUUUUUAAUAUUAGCAUUAUAUCUUCUUUCAUCUUCUUGAACAUGUAAGCAAUGAAAAAACUCAGAAAAUGUUGAAGCCAACAAGCAAAACACUUUGCAUUCUCCAUUUUGUCAAGAUUACACAUUAAGAUCCUCAUUGCAUUGCAAAAGUGAGCCAAAAUGCAGUGACAGAGAAGCGUUUUUCUGCUUAUCUCUCUGCUUACCUCUCCUACAUAGAAAAUGUAGGAUCAAAUAAUCAGGCUUUUUGUAGUAGUAGAUAAAAUGGAUAUGAUUCAGUGAUUAAUUAAUAGUGCAAUUAUUAAUCCACUAACACGAUAUCCUCUGAUCUUCCUAUUCUGAGUGCCUUUAGCUUAAUGACUCCAACUUAAAUACAACUUCAGAGAGCCAUCAAAAACUUUUGAGCCUUAUCACAUUACAAAAGUAAUCUGAGAUGCAGUGAGAUAGAAGCAGCUUUCUGCUUACCUUCCUUCAUGCUGUUUUAGCAUUUCCAUUCUAUUCCUGAAGGAGGUGGGUGUAAAAGCAUGCCUUUUGUUGUGUUGAAAAAAUCUGUUGGACAAAAGGCAUGCUUUUAUCGCUGUCUCUGGAGGGAGAAUAGAAUUGCUGUGAUAAGGCUCAUAGGUUCAGGAUGGCUUUCUGAAGUUGUAUGUAAGUUGGAGUCAUUAAACUAAAGAGAGGCUCAAAGUAGGGAGAGCAGAGGAUAUAAUGCUAAUGUAUUAAUACAUGCACUAUUAAUUAAUCAUUGACUCAUACCCAUUUUAUUUCUACUACUAUGAAAAGCCUGUUUGUUUAAUUCUACAUUUUCUGUGCAAGAAAACUACACAGUGAACCUUCCUUUAUUUCAGUACUAUAACUGGCCAAAUACUUUUUGCCAUUAAAACUAACUUAGAUUUGGGAAAGUGCUAUGCCUUUAAGAAGGCACCCACACUUAAAAGCCAAGUAUUUGCAACAGGACAACAUUCUCAUUCACAGGCAAGAGCAUCUUUAAUUUAAACUAAUGAAAUUGAUUGCAUAAUGGCCCCUUCAGGCUCCUCUUGCUGAGGAAAUUCAGUUCCUCUGAUGACGGACUGGAACCCGCACUGGGAAAAAUUAGUACUCUGCAGCUUGCACUGAGUCACCACCAUAGACGUCAUUUGUAGAUAGUGAAACAGGAAACUCUGUUUUGAAAUUCUACAGCCUUGAUUAACAGAGAGUCCAAAACAACUUGGUGUCUCCAGAAAUAUUCUCCAAUGAGUGUUUGCCUUGACACUUGGAUUAUCAAGACGGAAUUUGUCAACUCCCCCCUCUCCCAUAGAGCUUUAGCUAUAUAUGACAUUUUAAACACAGGGUAAUAUGAUGUUUCCUUGCUUGUAAUUCCAGUAACCUAGAGUUGUAUAAGACUGAUUUUGCUUCCUGUGCAUAUGCUUCCCAGAUGUCUGUGCUGCACAGAAAUGCACCAAUGUGACUUGGAAAACCUUCUGUUGUUUAACUUCAUUGGGUCCCCCCCCCCCCUCUCCCCCGCCAAACUGGAAUGGCUUACUCGCUUCUAAAAUGUUCCUUUUGUAAAAUGUUUUAAGCACUUUAAUUAAAGGGGACAUUAUGAAAGUUUUUAUUCAAAUAAAUGUGAUAUAUAUUAAAAAGAA